AGCGCCGGGUGGAGCUCUCCUCGUGACACUCACGUGAUUUGUAAACAGGAAGUGUCUGCUCUGUACUGCAGAGGAUCUAGCCAUCACUGAGGAGACUGAAUGAAGCUUUGAUCAGAGAACAGAUCUGCUGGUUGCUUCCUCAUCAUGGUGGACUUUCUGGCAGAGAACAACCUGUGUGGUCAGGCCAUCCUGAGGAUCGUGUCCAGAGGAAACGCCAACAUAGCUGAAUUACUCAGACUGUCAGAAUUUAUUCCUGCAGUUUUCAGACUCAAAGACAAGAGCGACCAGCAGAAAUAUGGAGACAUAAUCUGUGAUUUCAGCUACUUUAAGGGUCCGGAGUAUUAUGAGAGUAAACUGGAAGCAAAGCCGGAGCUGCAGGAUUUAGAUGAGGAGUUUCGGGAGAAUAACAUCGAGAUAUUGACACGGUUCUACCUGGCCUUUGAGAGUGUCCAUAAAUAUGUCGUAGACUUGAUAAGGUACUUGGAUGAUCUCAAUGAAGGGGUCUACAUUCAGCAAACACUAGAAACUGUUUUAUUGAAUGAAGAUGGGAAACAGCUCCUGUGUGAGGCUCUGUACCUGUAUGGAGUCAUGUUACUGGUCAUUGAUCAGAAGAUGGAGGGAGAGGUGAGAGAAAGGAUGCUGGUGUCCUACUACAGAUACAGUGCUGCUCGCUCCUCGGCUGACUCAAACCUGGACGACAUCUGCAAGCUCCUGCGUAGCACGGGAUACUCCAGCCACCCAGGGGCCAAACGGCCGCCCAACUACCCCGAGAGCUACUUCCAGAGAGUUCCCAUCAGCCCCACCUUCAUCAGUAUGGUGAUCGGCCGCCUCCGCUCUGAUGACAUUUACAACCAGGUUUCUGCGUAUCCUCUGCCGGAGCACCGCAGUACAGCGCUGGCAACACAGGCUGCUAUGCUGUGUGUCUGCUUAUACUUCACCCCCUCCAUCCUUCACACACAACAGGCCAAGAUGAGAGAGAUCGUGGACAAAUACUUCCCUGACAACUGGGUUAUAAGCAUAUACAUGGGGAUCACUGUGAAUUUGGUGGAGGCGUGGGAACCAUAUAAAGCUGCUAAAACGGCCCUGAACUACACGCUGGAGACAGCCAACAUCAGAGAACAGGCCGGUCGAUACGCUGCCAGUGUGGAGAGUUUGCGGUCGCAGGUGCAGCAGUUAUUGAAGGAGGGAUUCCUGAGAGAAGAAAUCGUCCUGGACAACAUUCCCAAACUGCUCAACUGCCUCCGUGACUGUAACGUUGCCAUCCGCUGGCUGAUGCUGCACACUGCAGAGUCCGCUUAUGAUCCAAACAACAAGAGACUGCGUCAGAUCAAAGAUCAAGUCAUCAACGACUCCAAAUACAAUCCCAAAAUUCUGUUUCAGCUGCUGCUGGACACGGCCCAGUUUGAGUUCAUCCUCAAAGAGAUGUUCAAGCAGAUGUUGGCAGAGAAGCAGCUGAAGUGGGAGAGCUAUAAGAAAGAGGGAUCAGAGAGAAUGAUGGAGCUGGCCGAGGUGUUUUCUGGGGUCAAACCUCUCACCAGGGUGGAGAAAAAUGAGAAUCUUCAGGCCUGGUUCAGAGAGAUCUCCAAACAGAUCGAGUCCCUGAACUAUGAGGACUCGACCGCUGCCGGCAGGAAGACUGUGCAGCUCAUUCAGGCUCUUGUGGAGGUCCAAGAGUUUCACCAGCUGGAGUCCAACCUGCAGGUGUGUCAGUUCCUGGCGGACACGCGCAAGUUCCUCCAUCAGAUGAUCCGCACCAUCAAUAUCAAAGAGGAAGUGCUCAUCACCAUGCAGAUAGUGGGAGAUUUGUCCUACGCCUGGCAGAUCAUUGACAGCUUCACAUCAAUAAUGCAAGAGAGUAUCAGAGCAAACCCCACGAUGGUGACCAAACUCAGAGCCACUUUCCUGAAGGUAGCUAAACUCACUCAUGCCAUCUCGGUCUUCACUGAAGGGAUUCUGAUGAUGAAGACCACACUCGUCGGCAUUAUCAAGGUGGAUCCGAAGCAGCUUCUGGAGGACGGGAUCAGGAAAGAGCUCGUCAAACGUGUCGCUUACGCUCUGCACAAAGGCCUCAUCUUCAACCCCAAAGCCAAACCCAGUGAACUGAUGCCAAAGCUGAAGGAAAUGGCUGCCACCAUGGAUGGGUUUUACCGCUCGUUUGAAUACAUUCAGGAUUACGUGAGCAUCUACGGCCUGAAGAUCUGGCAGGAGGAAGUGUCUCGGAUCAUCAACUACAACGUAGAGCAGGAGUGUAACAGUUUCCUCAGAACCAAGAUCCAAGACUGGCAAAGCGUCUACCAGUCCACCCACAUUCCCAUUCCUAAGUAUCCGUCAGUGGAUGAAUCGGCCACGUUUAUUGGCCGUCUCUGCAGGGAAAUCCUGAGGAUCACAGAUCCAAAAACAACAUGUUACUUUGAUCAGCUGAACACCUGGUACGAUAUGAGGACGCAUCAGGAAGUGACCAACAACCGACUCUUCUCGGAGAUUCAGGACACGCUGGGAACCUUCGGCCUGAACGGACUCGACCGACUCUUGUGCUUCAUGAUUGUGAAAGAGCUGCAGAAUUUUCUGACAGUCCUUCAGAAGAACAUCCUGAAGGACAAAGCUGUGGUUGACGUCUUUAAAGCUCUGCUGUCGGCUGUCAAUCCUGUCAAAGGGAUUGUGGCAAAUGCAAGCAAAGUCUACGCCAACGCUGCGGCCAAGACUCAGAAGAUCUGGCCAGCGUAUCUGGAAGCCAUCAUGAAGGUGGGUCAGAUGCAGAUCUUGAGGCAGCAGAUAGCCAAUGAACUGAACUACUCCUGCAAAUUUGACUCGAAACACCUCGCUGCGGCGCUGGAUAAUCUGAACAAGUCUUUGCUGUCUGAUAUUGAAGCUCAUUACCAGGAUCCAUCGCUGCCGUAUCCCAAAGAGGACAACACUCUGCUCUACGAGAUCACCGCGUAUCUGGAGGCCGCUGGAAUCCACAACCCACUCAACAAAAUCUACAUCACAACAAAGCGUCUGCCUUACUUUCCCAUUGUGAACUUCCUGUUUCUCAUCGCGCAGCUGCCAAAACUGCAGUACAACAAAAGCCAAGGCAUGACGUGCAGGAAGGCAACAGAUCCGGUGGAUUGGGCUCCUCUGGUUUUGGGUCUCCUGACGCUGCUCAAACAGUUUCACUCCAGAUACACUGAACAUUUCCUGGCUCUGAUCGGACAGUUUAUUCGCUCCAUAAUGGAGCAGUGCACCAGUCAGAAGAUUCCAGAUAUGCCUUCAGAUGUAGUCGGAGCAUUAAUGUUUCUGGAGGACUAUGUGCGUUACACUAAACUGCCCAGAAAGGUGGCAGAGGCUCAUGUGCCAAGUUUCAUUUUCGAUGAAUUUAGGACUGUACUGUAAAUGUGCCUGUUGUAAUGUCAAAUCAUAUUUGAUAUCAUUUGUCUUUCUCUUAAAGCACUAAUGAAAUUGAUUAACAUUUUUAACAUUUCAGUUUUAAAACAUGAUCAUCUUUUGUAGCUGUUACUCACCUGAUCUGUCUGCUGGUGUAAUAAAUGCCAUAUGUGUAUGUUUUGAUACAACUUUUUAGGACAUUUAAACACUUUUGAAGAAUUAAUCUCUAACUCGCAACCUCUCAAGACUUAUUGCUUUUAUAAAAUGGUGGCAACAGUAAUAAGAUUAAAAAAAAAAAAUUGUGGAUUUGGUUCAUUGGUUUAAAUGUACGCUGUGGCUCAUCCAAUCAGAAUUUAGAGUGAGAAUUAUUCUGAAACUGUACACAAGAACUUUUUUGCACACCACACGAGACAUGAUUUGAAUGAAAGUUUUACUUUUAUCUUAAAUAUAUUACAAUACUGAAUGGAUGCUGUAUGAAAAAAAUGAGCAUUUAUCAUUUUAAUUGUCAGUCUAUGUACAGCACACAAUGAACAAAAACAGCCACGAAGAAUCUAUGAAUAUCAACACUGUGUACACGGUCAGAUGCAAACACAAGAGAAACAACAGAGUGACUGCGCAGAAAGCAUGGAAAAGAUGUAAAUUACAGCUGCACAAAAAUCACUACCGGUUAACGCUGUCGUGGAUUUCAGUUUGUGUGUGCGAGAGAGCUCGCUAUAGAAGCUUGUUUCCACCAUA